AUGGCGGUGCUGGACUACAGCAAGACUGGGAGGCGCGGUCGCAACAGCUAUGUCCCGAUCUUGUCCCGGGUUAUUGAUAUUGCGCGGCUUAUCCUUGUGCAGAGGGCGCUCUGGCUGAGUUCUAUGGUCAUAUCGCUCAUUUGCACGUGGCAAGAUCAGGAUACAGAAACGCCACAGGCACUGCUGAGUGCAGACCAGGAGCUGGACAAUAUCGACGACGGGUACAGCUCCUGUACGGCCCCCAAUCGGGCCAGUCCCCCGGCGCGGCUCGCGUUACAUGACCAGGUCGAGCGCAUGGCUUAUGAAGUUAUGAUCCAUGGCAUGCACGGGCCCAUCGAGACACUCGAUUGGCGUACACAUGGGUUGAAGAUCCACUACAACACCAUUACCCUGGGCCAUAUCACUUGA